GGGCGUUUUGUUACACAUUAUUUUAGAAGAUAUAGAAAAAAUAGCAAGACAUAGUUACUGCAUAAAAUUUUGUCAUUUAUUACAACAAAUGUUCCAAAUGUUCUCCGUUGUUUCCAAAUGUCCAAAGUAUAUUUUGAUUAGAAUAGAGAUGGCUCAUUCUGUGGCUCAGCUGGACAAGGAAGAAAAUAAAGAAAUGAUGGCAGUGUGGCCGGACGUUGUUCGUGAUAUUAUAGAAGUGAAAAUAAUGGCAGUGUGGCCGGACGUUGUUCGUGAUAUCACCGAAGUGAAAAUGAUAACAGUGUGGCCGGACGUUGUUCGUAAUAUCACAGAAGUGAUAAAAGUUUCAGGCAUUACAGAUGUUGCUACAUGGAUGAGAAAAAUGAGAGCCUUUUUCAUCGUAAUUGACGAUAUCGUAAACCAUUCGCCGAUUCGUCAAGGCCAACCAUGUUGGUAUAAAUAUGAUGAUGUAGGGAACGGGACUGGCAACAAUGGUGUAUUGUUGGAGAGCGCUAUGUAUUACAUACUUCAAAAAUACUGUGACAAGAAAGAAUGCUAUGUCAAUUUACUGGAAGUAUUUCAAGACACUAUAUUUACGACAAUAAUGGGCGAGUCUUUAGAGUUGAUUUUGACCAAUUUCGGCAAGAAACCUAAUCUGGAUUUAUUUACUAUGGAUCGAUAUAAUUCUAUUAGUACGAAGAAAACGGUAUAUUAUACAUAUGUUUUGCCAGUAAUCACAGCAAUGCACUUAGCUGAAAUAAAGGACCAAGAGAUGUUCACGCAAGCCAAAACCAUCUUGUUAGAGAUGGGACAAUUGUUCCAAAUUCAAAAUGAUUAUUUAAAUGUCUUUGGAGAUUCCGAGCUCAUUGGCAAAGAUAGUACCGAUAUACAGCAGGGGAAAUGUACUUGGCUGAUUGUUACAGCUCUUCAAUGUGCCACCUCAAAACAGCGUGAUAUUUUAAAAGAGUGUUAUGGAGUCUCGGAUCCGGAGAAAGUAAGGCGUGUGAAACAACUGUUCACUGAUUUGGAUUUGCCAGACGCUUACGCUAAAUAUGAAAAAGAGAUGAUUCGCUUGUACAGACACGAAGAGAACUCGGUCUCUUCUUAUGCCAACGUAUUAUAAAUGCAGACUCGACUUCUAUUAUUGCUAACGGUUAUCGUUCGUGGAUCGGCGCACUGGAGAUUCUGUUCCCAAAUCAGUACUGAUUUAAACGCAAUCAACUCGUGAAAAUAAGGAAACUUGUGAACGUAAGAACGGAUCCGUGACUCUUGCGUGGGCCAAUCGUACCUUUUCGAGGGUCGUGUCUUGUUGGUCAAUGGCAGCUAAUCAAGACUUGAUCUGUUGCGCUCGCUCGGCGAGUGAAUCGUGAUUUAAAUUUCGACAAAACACCAUGUAUGUGCAUGUAUGGAUGUAUGAACAUGUACAUACAGAGUCAUCAAAAAAUAUCGGACCUCUUGAUUAUUUUGAAAACUAAGCAUUUUAGAAAAAAGUGUUUCAGAUAAAAGUUAUAAGGUUUCAAAAAUCUAUUUACUGAUUUUAUCAGUUUGACCUUGA